AUGGGAUCACAUGAAAUUGCGAUACAGUCCACAGACAACUCCACACGUCCACACCAUCUCGACAGAUCUUGUCUUUAACAUCGUAAUUUCUUGCAAGAUUCAUUCCAUUAACAUUUUAAACCCCAUUAAAACUACUCCAUUAACAACCAUUCUUCAAUCUCUACUCUCUUCUUCCUUCUCCAUAACCACCGACACCUUAAUCUUCACCUUAACCUUAUCCUCAGAUCCAAUUCUGCAUAAAACCCACAAUAACAAUGUUAACUUGGUGUUUAGGGCAACAUCGUGUUGCCCAGAUCCAACGAACAUUCCACAAAAUUAAAGUAACUAUCCUUUGCCUUCUUUUAACCCUUGUAAUGAUUCGUUCUAUGCUUGGUGCUGGUGAUUUUGGUACCCCUGAAACAGAUUUUCAUCUUCUUCAAUCGUCCUUCUCCGCCGCCACUACCCACCAUCAUACUCGCCGUAUUCUUGAAGAAACUAAAGAAAAUGUCGAUAAUGGUAACUCUAAUAGCUAUGAUUCCUUCGACAUUACCAAGAUCCUUGUUGAUGAUGAGCCACCAGAGAAGAAGGAUCCUAAUAUACCCUACAGUUUGGGUCCUAAGAUCUCUGAUUGGGAUGAACAAAGAAGCAAUUGGUUGAAAAAUAAUCCUGAUUUCCCUAAUUUUAUACAACCCAAUAAGCCGAGAGUGUUGUUAGUUACGGGUUCAUCCCCAAAACCGUGUGAGAAUCCUGUCGGUGAUCAUUACUUGUUGAAAUCGAUUAAGAAUAAGAUUGAUUAUUGUCGGAUUCAUGGGAUUGAGAUUUUUUAUAAUUUAGCUCUUUUGGAUGCGGAAAUGGCUGGAUUUUGGGCUAAAUUGCCUUUGAUUAGGAAAUUAUUGUUAUCCCACCCAGAAAUUGAGUUUUUAUGGUGGAUGGAUAGUGAUGCUAUGUUUACUGAUAUGGUUUUUGAGGUUCCAUGGGAGAGGUAUAAGGAUUAUAAUAUGGUUAUGCAUGGUUGGAAUGAAAUGGUUUAUGAUCAAAAGAAUUGGAUUGGGUUGAAUACUGGUAGUUUUUUGUUGAGGAACAACCAAUGGGCAUUGGAUUUGCUUGAUACUUGGGCACCAAUGGGUCCUAAAGGGAAAGUUCGAGAAGAAGCAGGGAAGAUCUUGACUAGGGAGCUUAAAGGACGGCCCGUUUUCGAGGCUGAUGAUCAAUCUGCAAUGGUGUAUAUAUUGGCUACUCAAAGGGAGCAAUGGGGUGAUAAGGUUUACUUAGAGAAUCAUUACUAUUUACAUGGUUAUUGGGGGAUUUUGGUGGAUAGGUAUGAGGAAAUGAUUGAGAAUUAUCAUCCGGGUUUUGGUGAUCAUCGUUGGCCUUUAGUUACCCAUUUUGUGGGGUGUAAACCUUGUGCAAAAUUUGGGGAUUACCCAAUUGAAAGGUGCUUGAAACAAAUGGAUAGGGCUUAUAAUUUUGGGGAUAAUCAAGUUUUGCAAAUGUAUGGGUUUUCUCAUAAGUCUUUGGCUAGUAGAAGGGUAGUCAAAACUAGGAAUGAAACUAGUAAUCCACUUGAGGUUAAAGAUGAACUUGGAUUGCUUCAUCCAUCUUUUAAAGCUGUCAAGGUACAAUCUUGAUAAUUGAUAUUAAUAGUAUAGAAGCUUGAUGAAUUGAAAAUGGAUACAAUGACAUUAUUAUUUUUGUUCUUUUCAAAAUUUUUGUUUUUUCAUAGAUAGUAUUUGUUUAUGUGACUUAAUUUGGAUUGAUAUGUUGGUACUUCUUUGUGGUAGUUUGAUAUUGCCUGUAAACAAAUGUUCGAUCAAGGAUCCAAUUGUUUCUGUUUGUAUUGAUUAAGUUAUAUAGAUUCAGAGGAUUAUAUUAACUCAA